UCAGCCAACCAAUAUUCAUUAAUUUAGGCCUCAGCCAACCAAUCCUUAUUCGAGCUUAAUAUCCUUCCGUCAUGGUGGUAGUGGGGACUGGGAGGUUCUUAAUUCAAGAAUCAAAGAAUUUAUAAAGGGGUACUCAUUUGGUGAGCGUAUAGGAGCUUCAAGUGUGUGUAACUGGAACACCACGCUUACUAAAGAUUUUAGGUGUCACGUGGCCAACCGGAAGUGGAUGGCAUUGGACACAGAUGUUCCCUGUACGGGGGCUGAAAAGUAUGGUAUGUACCACGGGCGCCCCUGUGUUAUAUUAAAAAUGAAUAAUAUAUAUGGAUGGGAACCUAGACCCUACUACAAUCUUACACAGAUAAACAAUAUAGUGGGAAUGCCCACGUGGUUGAAGACUACAAUAACAAAUCAUUACAACAAGCACUGUUUACCUUUACCCAAAAAAGCCAGAAAAAAGUGUCCCCAGAUGCGAAUGAUUUGGUUGUCCUGUGAGGGGGAAACAGCAGCUGAUGAAGAGCAUAUGGGCAAGGUUCACUAUGUUCCCUGGCAGGGAUUUCCUGGUUAUUAUUAUCCAUACUUGAACCAACAACAUUAUCUUUCACCAAUUGUAUUCAUACAGUUCAGGAAUAUUACUCCUGGAGUUCUUAUUCAAGUCAGGUGUAAGAUCUGGGCUCGUAACAUCCAACAUGAUCCAACAAAUCCACGAAAGGGAGGAAUCCAUUUUGAAAUUCUGAUGGAUUAGUUGUUGUCUAUAUUACCACUCACCGCUCUACAGAUAGGGGAUUAUUCAAGAAAUUAAUCAAUGCAAUAAUACUCAGUGAGUUGUCUCCCCAUGGAGUGUAUAUAGCAAGAGAAUGUACAGCAAUGAAGUUAGCUCUAAAUCCUUUUAUGCAUAAUAAUAAAAUACAAUCAAUCAAUCAAUCAUUGAGUAUCUCUCUUUAACUUAAAAUGGUGACCAUGAACUAGUCUCAGAGCUGAAAAUAUAAUUCUAUUGUGCACAUUGCACAAUGAAUUAAUUCAAUUAUGACAGUUUUUGUCCUGAAGUAAUAUGAACCCAUUUCAUUCUCUAGUAAUGCUUUAUCUAAUUUUUAAAAAUCUGAGAUAAUUAAGUAUAUCUCUAAAAAAAGCCAAAUAAUUAAAGCAAAGUUUAUACUCUAUUAAAAUAAACAAACCAAAUGAAAAGUUAUAAUUUCUUGAAAUCAAACCGUUUUAAAAAUACAACAAAUAUUAUGUUAAAUUGUAAUCAGUGUAUAUUCUGUAACAACAUAUCAUUAAUAAUACUCAAAAUUCAUAACUUCCAAUAUUUAAAAACAAAUUUGACAUGCCGUGCACUAAAAAUGUGGCAUGACGGUGCACUAAAAAUGUGACAUGACUGUGCACUAAAAAUGUGACACGACUGUGCACUAAAAAUGUGACAUGACUGUGCACUAAAAAUGUGACAAGACUGUGCACUAAAAAUGUGACACGACUGUGCACUAAAAAUGAAUUCUUAGUAUUAACAUAUUUUGCGAAAUGGACAUGGUAAAAAUAUAAUUUACUAAAUUUA